UAGGAUAGCUAGAUAUAUAAAGGGGAGUUUAUUAAGUAUUAAUGCACACGAUCACAAGGUUUCACAAUAGGUCAUCUGCAAGCUGAGGAGGAAGAGCCCAUCUGAGUCCCAAAACUGAAGAACUUGGAGUCUGAUAUUUGAGGGCAGGAAGCAUCCAGCACGGGAGAAAGAUACAUAAAGACCCAGAAGAAGGAAGGAAGAGACUAGAGUGACUGGCUCACGAUGAAUACAGUCUGAAUCAAGACUGGCGGCAAACGUGAUAUGAACCAUGUUAUACAGCCCUCUUAAAGUGACAUUUUCUACCUUGUCGUAUUAGACUGGCAUUUAGUUUGUAUUGCUGUAGAAGACUAGAAAAGAGAGAACCUCUUGGUUUCUAUAACACAAGAAGUUGUCAUAUCUUUGGGCCUUCAUGGUUCAAGUGGAAGUUAAUAGGAUUAAAUUCUUAGAUACCUGAAAGGCAGAGGAAAAAGUCUGCUCAAGAGUAAGGCCAUUUAUAACAGAAAGAGAAACUUUGAUGAUGCCAAUCAACACUCACAUGUAAAGGUACUGAAAUUUUUGUACUGGGACAGCUUCAGAUUCCCGGGUUUCUCCAGUUCUGUAAGGUGGAAGACACCUAGAAUAAUAACUGCGAUAAAUUUCACUGCCACCUUCAGUAGUUGGGGUUUUGGUACAGAUAUGAUGGAUUUAGAGGAGAAAUUAACACUUUGUUUACAUCUGAGUAUGAGAAGCUCGUUCACACUGCACAUGUUUAGAAAGUAUUUUUUAAGCUGUUUGUGGUAUUUGAAUCUUAUAUUUGGUGACUUUAGAGAUUCUUAUUUUCUUAUUUGUUCAUGGUGAAAUUUUCUGUGCACUCAUGUAUAUGGUAUGCAAUCAGUUUAUGUGUGUGUAAUCAAGUCAGUGAUUUUCUUUAUGCCUGUGCUCUUGUCUUUUUUAAUAAGAACAUCUUUUAUUUACUCAAAAAUGAUUAAAAAUAUUCUGCUAUAUUUUAAUUCAAUAUCCUUAUUAUUGUUCUUAAAAUAUUACUUUGAUUUCUAGUUCAUCAUAAAUUGUGAAGUGUGUGUAUGUGUAUGCAUGACAUGAAAACUAGCAUCUAUGUUAUUUUUUUCUUAAUAUAGAACCUACCAUUUCACCAGAUUUACUUCCUUUUCCAAUGCCAAAUCUAGGAGAUAGCCUAUUCUCAUAUAUUCCAUACUUCAAUUUUCCUGCUAUUUCUGAUCCCUGAGAAAUACCAACUUAUGAAAUCAAACAAAACCAGAGUCCACAUCUCAGUCUAUGCCUUCUGGACUCAUGCUGCCAUUACGGGAAAAAUAAAUAUCUAAGUCUUUUAAAAAUUUUGAGGAAUUGUACAAUUAAAAAAGCUAAAUAAGAUAUGAGUAAAAAUAAAUUUGCAAAAAACUGCCGUAAAUUCUGAAGAGAUUUCUGUGAACCCAGACCUGCUUUGACUUCAUAUAUGAAAAUUACUCUCUUCAUGCUCUGAAGGUUGAUUUUCAGUUAUUUAGAAACACUUGUUUUUUGUAUGUCUAGUAUGUGCGCUGCUUAAAGCUCCGACACUUAAGUUUUUAUAGUGGCCCUAAGGGAGGAAAUGUCUUCAAUAGAGCAAAAGAUGUGCUCUAUCAGUGAACUUGCUGAUUCUCUUACUUACUCACAAGAAUAACAUUUUUCCUCCAGAUUUUCCCAUCCUGAUACCAUUCUCAGUUAAAUCAUGGCUGUGAAGAUUUGAGGCAUAAAUAUUGCCUCAUAAUGUUUCUGAAAAUUUAAAGCUGGUUAAAACCUAUAUUUUUCAACUGGAUUUAACUAAGAUAUACCUGAGAUUUAUUCACAAAGGUUAGUCUAAUUCUAAGGAUUGAAAUUGUAUAAUCUAUCUUUUCUCAACCACUCAAACUAAAGAAUAGAUUUUUCUGAUGCUGAUGAAAAGUGGGUUUACUGAUAUAAAAAUGUGGGAGUCAAAAAAAAAGUAAAAAUGUGGGAGUCUGGAAAAUUAGCACUCAAUAUUUAAGAACAUGUCCAAUCCAGAUCUGAAAACUUCACUUCUUCAAUGACAUUUUAUUUGUUUGAAUUUGUAAAACUGACAAUUUUAAAGAUUAAAGUAAAAAAAAACCAAAUAAGUCAUUCAUAAAUAACAUUAAAAUUUUCUUUUUUUUUCUUUCCCAUGUAUCUAUAUUUCUGUUAAUUGUGAACAUGCUGUAGAUAGAGUAUUUUGAUUUUCCCCCAGCUAAACAGCAAAGCACUUUUAUUACUUUUGGAUUUCAUCUCCAUUCCUUUUUUGUGUAAUAGGUAACAGCCUUUCUGUCGACAAUUGGAAUUCUGUUGGGUUUUAAUUUUACCUUUACUUCUCAAAGAGGACAUGUGUUUCAGGUAACCAAUCAGAGUGCUCCACAUCCCUGGAUUUAUUCGUAUGACAGAAGCAUGGCCAAUCAGAAAAGUUCUUUUCCAUGUUGGGUGAAGGUGGCAGAGAAUGGCACUUCCUACUGUGACCCUAAAUAUAAGGCCACAAAGGUGGCAAUGAUUAACUCUGUCAUUACAUGGAGAGAACCUACAAGACAAUAAAGUUAGUGUACAAAGGAGAAUAGAGUGGGAGAGAGAAAAAACAAGAGUCUAGUCAAGAAUUUGAUUUCUUUCUCCUGCCCUACCUCUUGGACUUCCAACUUCUGUGUCAAUAUAGUGCCUCUUGCAUCUAAGGAAACGUGAUGAGAAUGCUGAUCACCACAUACUCACUGCCUCUGCUUCUAUUGCUGCUGCAACCACUGCAGUUUCAAGAGGUGUAUUAUGAAGAUUAUUAUUUGCCAGCAUAUAGAAGUACAGAAGGCUUUGAAGACUUUUGGGUAGAAUUUCACAGUACAGGGCCCACCAGACCACCUAGCAAAGAAAAAGUCAAAAGACGUAUCCUUGUUAAUCCUGGAAUGCCAUUAGGUGAUAGUGGCUACUGUAAUUAUCAAAUAAUGAGAAAAAAUGUUUACUACAAACACAGUUGUGUGACAGAACAUUACUUCCUUCUUAUGCAAUAUGAUGAGCUGGAAAAAACCUGUUACAACGGAUUUGUGCCAUGUAAGAAUGGGAUUAGGAAAUGUAACAGGAGCAAGAAUCUAGUAGAAGGAGUGUAUUGUAAUUUAACAGAAGCAUCUGACAUACCAAUGUGUCGAUACGAAUCAUUUUAUAGGAGGGGAUAUGUCCUUAUCACUUGCACAUGGCAAAAUGAAAUACAAAAACUUAUUCCUUAUACUAUAAAUGAUCUCGUGGAGCCACCUAAACACAAGUCUCCUUAAUGAGGACGGUGUCUUUGUCGUACCACUCUAGCAGAGUGUUCUUUGAGAGCUUACGGUGGGAGGAUAUAAUCGUCUCCAUACUGAUCCUUGUAGAUCAAAGUUGAGAAUGGCAGUUUUGCUUCCAUUCACUUUAAUCACCCACCUUCCUUUCUUCCUUUCCUAAUGCCCCACAAAGGCACCAUAGGCGAGGUUCACAGACAGUGCACUGGGAUGUGAUCCCAUGCAGGUCCCACAAGUUAGCAUGCCUUGAAUGUGUUAUGAAUAUGAAUGCCUGCAGUGGAAGGAUGACCAGCACCAAGAGGAACAGAAAAUGGUUGCCUGCAGUGUCCUCCAAGGACACAAUUCAUGUGAUUCUCUAGUUCACCAGAAAGAAUAAAAAGUGCUUCAAUCUA